GUCGAGCUUCAUAUCCCGGCCGAGGCCGAUCCCAUCGUUCCCAUGGCUCCUGGCGGCGGUGGUGGUGGCGAGUGCGGCAGUUUCGUACGGCGUCCAUGGGCAAAGGUGUGGCCCUGGCGACAGCAGGAGAGAGGGCGGAAGGCAUUCUGUCAGCAGUGUUGCGCCUGGCUGUUCAUGGACAGGCUCGCGGACGCUGACUUCAAGUGCAAGUGCGGCGCCAGCAGCUGGGGGGCAGGCGCAAGGGUACUGGAGGAGGAGGUGAUCUACAGCGGCCAGGAGGUUACGGAAAUCAAUCUGGUGGUGGAGGCGGCGGCAAGGAUGACAAGGUGGCCGAACUUCUCGCACAAGCAGCAGCACUGGCAGGUGACGGCGCUUGGAAGCAGAAGAUCGAGGCCCUACGUGCAGAGGCAGCACCACAUCCACCAGCAGUUCAGCAUCCACAGCCUGGAUCCCGUCAGGCGCUCAGAGCAGCAGAAGAUCGAGUACAAAAGGCACAGAGUGCGCAAACGAAGGCCUAUCGCCGCCGAGAAAGGUGACCUCAAGUGUGACGGGGCGCAGAACGCGAAGAAGCAGCGCGUGCUGCCCCUGGGCGCCCUCCUGGAGGACGAGGAGAUCGACGUCGACCUGGGCAGCCUCUUCGAGUGCGCGAGCGACGACAACAUCUCGGAGGCGGACAAGCAGGAGCUCGAGAAGAGGAAGAAGCUCUUCCUGGAGGCCGCGAAGGGAGCGGCGAAGGAGGCUUUCGCACAGGCGGCAGCUACACUCAAGCAGCAGAAGCAGCAGGAGCAGGAGUUCCUGGAUCGGAUUCGGAAGAAGCGCAAAGCGGCGGACCCCCUGCAGCUGCAGUGGGUGGGGCUCCACCAGCAGCGGCACAGCCAGCAGCAGCGGCAGCGCCCGAAGCAGCAGCGCUAUCCGAGAAGGUUGAAGAAGAAGAUCGACUCGCUCAGGGACGACGUGAUAAUCUUCCCUGAGACGCACGUCGGCGCCGACGGCACGAACGAGAUCGUCGAGCACCUGGACUUCAGGGGCUUCAAGGCGGUGGUCACGCCGUCGGUCAAGAACAAGCGGAGUGAGUUGGCAGGCGGCAUCGGCAUGGCCAUGAGAGGUUUCUUGUCAGUGACGUCUAUGCGACACUUGGCAGCGAAGAAGGAGCAGGCAGUGGGGCUGCGGUAUUUGGACGGCGAUUGGGAGCCAGGGCCGAUCGACUUCCAGGACAUGGUAGCAGCGCAGUGGCGGUGGCGCGGGCAGUCGGUCCUGGUCAUCGGCAUGUACCUCACGUCGUCGAUCGGCAUGAGCGGCGAGAACCACCAGAAGAUGGCGCGCCUCGCGGCGCUCGCGCGCGGCCACAGCGGGCCGUGGGCUGCGAUCGGCGACUGGAAUGCGGAGCCGAGGGAGCUCCAGGCGGCAGGGUGGAUAAGACUGCUCGACGCGAAGGUGAUCACGCCAGCUGACGUCAGCUACACGUGCACGCGCAACCCUGCGCGCAUGCUCGACUACGUGGUGUGCUCGGAGACGUUCUCGAUGAUCGUGGAUAGAGUUGAUGCAGAUCGCCAUGACCCUGGAGAUCACUACGGCGUACGAGUCCACUUGAGGGGAGACUCGAGGAUCGCGAUGCAGCGCAACCUGCAGCUCGCGAAGCCCUUUCCCUUGCCAGAUAUGCCGAAGCGGAAGGCGGACCCGAACAGCAAGCGGUCCAGGCAGAAGGCGAAGAAGCAGAGCGAGUACGAGGCAGGUGCGUUGAGCGCUGCGAGGAAUGCGGAGGCCCCGCCCUCCUCGGAGCCCUCUUUCCCCAGGUCUGAUCGAGGCGAGCGGAAGAAGGACGUGGUCGUCUGCGAGGCGGUGCCGCAGGAGUGCCAGCAGCAGAGCGAGCUGGCGGAGCUCUUCGGCGGGAGCAGCGACGAGGACGGGAUACUCAGCGAGAAUGAGGAGGCCUCGGAGGAAGCUGUCGCCGAGCCGAAGGCGGACGAGAUCUUCGACCUGGAGAUCGAGAAGCGCAACCUCCUGUGGCACGUGAAGUACCGCACGGCAGUCGCCGAGGACCGCAUCGCCUGGAGGCAGCCAGCGCAGUACGUGAAGCAGACGCUUGCCUACACCUUCGACGAGGAGGGGGCACGUGAGCUUGGGGCGCGCUACGGCGCCUGGGUGCACGCGGUGGAGCAGUACUACAUGUCGUCUCUACAGAUCAAGGCCGAGGAGCGUAGCAUCUACCUCGGGCGCGGCGAGGAGGUCAGGUUCAAGAAGGGCAAGACCAAGCCCGGCAUCGGCGUCAGCGCCGACCUGGAUCAGUCAAUCAGGUGGUGGGGCACGCUGGCGUCGUACCUGGUCGAGCUGCAGCGCUGCGAGGGCAAGGGGCAACGAGCACAGCGGCUACGUGACGACUGCAGAGCACUCAGCAGCACGAUGCCUAGUGGCGGCAUCAUCAAGAUGACGGCGAAACAGAAGAGGAAGUGGCGAGUGGCUCUCAGCGGCAUACACGGCAUGUCCAAUGUGCAAGUACAGCACCUCGGCGUGGCCGCGCUCACCACAGCGAAGAAGGGUAAGCGCACGGAGGUUGGCGAAGCCUUGCUGGCCUACACGAAUUGGGUGCAGGAGCAGGAAGCGGCAGGCAGCGGCAAGUUGCACCGCAAGACGAAAGACAAGCCGAGGUGUGACAAUGAGGUGCGCAGCCAGGGCGUCACCGCAUCGGACAUGGUGGAGUACAUGGACGCGAAGGGCGCGGUGUGGAGCAAGAAGUGGAAGAGCAACUUCAGCACGCAGGCGAUCUUGCAGCGCCUGGAGCAGUCUCGCAAGGCGGCCAUGGAGGAGGACUGGGCGCCCAUCACUAUCGAGAGCCUCAACGUUGCCAUCGACACGAUGGCGAAGAGCAAGGCGAAGGGCGUAGAGCAGAUGGACGCCCUGGCUUUCAAGUGGCUGCCCCCAGAAGCCAGGGAGGAGUUGCGCAUCAUCAUCGAGGAGGUCGAGCGCACUGGUACAUGGCCGUGGCAGCUGAUGGUCACGCUUGUCAGCUUGCUGCGCAAGGAUGCAGGAGGAGACAGGGCGAUUGGACUGCUGCACGAAGUGGUCAAGCUCUGGUCCAAGGUGCGAAGCGAGUUCACCAACGAGUGGGUCGUCGCCAUGGCGGGGAAGUGGGAUGCAGCGAUCGCGGGGAACAGCGCUCUCAAGGAGGCCCUGGUUCGCUCCUUCUCCGACGAGGUGAUAGAGUGGAUGCCAGUGAAGAUCUACUCGGUGACAGCGCUGUGGGACCUGGCGGAGUUCUACGACACUCUCGAGCCCCUCCUCAUCCUGGACGAGGGGCUCAGGCUGGGGCUUCCAGCCCGCACUCUGCACCUGGAGAUGCUGAGCCACCUAAGUGCGCGCCUCAUCAGAGAGAGGACGGCUUACGCAGAGCCGAUCGCGCCCGACAGGUCCAUCUGCGCGGGCGCGAGGCGGGGCAUCGACUUCGGCAGGGUUGCGCUUUACGCCGUGCUGGAGCGGGUGAGCACGAAGUACGAGCAGGUGCGAGUGCGAUCGUGGGUCGACGACGUCACGACGAGGAUGGAGGGCUCCAAGAAGGAGGUGAUCAAGCAGUUGACGGGCGCGGGUGUGGAGUUCGCAGCUGGAGUGAAGAAGUCGAAGCUGACGCUCUCCACCAAGUCGGCGCUGAUCGGCAACGACAUGGACGUGGUGAAGGAAGUGGCCCUCAAGCUGAGGGCGCGCAUGAUAACGGUGAAGGUAAGGAGUCAAGCGCCCGACUUGGGCAUCGACCGAGGCCACAGCAUCGCGGGCGGCAAGGGCAAGCACGCGAGGAGGGUGGCGCAUGCAGACAGACAAGUAGCGCGCACCCUGAAGAUGGCGCGCAGUGGCAGGCGCGCCAGAGGCGGCGCACGGGCAGUGGUGCAGCGCGGGUCCUUGCCGCGCGCCGCCUACUCGUGCAAGGUGUUCGGGAUGGCACCCAGCACCGUGCUGAAGUGGAGGAGGAGGCUAGCAGCGACCAUCGCCCCGAGGCUGCGGGGGAGGUGCCUCGCGACGCUACUCAGCAUCGAGAUUGCGAAGGGGGACCCCGCGUUCGGAGCCGUUUUCGCGCUGCUGGACUCCUGGAUGCACAUCAUCAGCGACAAGCUGAGGAGGCAGAAGGUCAGCAUCAUCUGGCCGCGGAUCGUCGAGAAGGUGUCGAAGCUGGACCCGAAGAAGCGCUGGAAGGGUGUGACGGGCAUCACCAGGGCAAUGGUCAACACCCUGCUGGACUUGGGCUGGUCCAUGCUGGGGCCGUGGCACUGGGUCUCGGACGACGGCGAGGAGUUCGGCAGCGACGACCCCUCGGCGCUCGACGGCGGCGUGGACACCAGCGACUUGAAGCAGGCGGUCGCCAGUACUAUCGAGAGGAAGCAGUGGCAGCAGGCGGCCAAGCACUACGCGGGAGGCGGCAUGGAGGCGGGCGCGGACAUGCGCUCAGCGAGGUCGCUCAUCAAGAAGCUCAAGAGGAAGGGCGAGCAUGACAAGGUCGGCGCGCAUUUGGCGUGCUUGACGGGCGGAGUCUGGCCGAGGCAGCGUGUGGCAGAUCUCGGGCUGGACAUCGAGGAUGUCACGUGCCCACGUUGUGGUGAAGCACCAGAGACCUGGCAGCACCGCAUGUGGGAAUGCAAGUGUAACGAGCUGAUCGAGGAGUGCCAGAAGUCCAAGCACCUAGAGGAGAAGGCCGUGAGGGGCGUCGAGGAGGUGCCGUGCCUGUGGCUCAGAGGCAUUUUGCCGAAGAGCUGGACGCAGAUCCCACCCCCGCCUGAGCCAGGGACAGAGAUGUGGGAGCAGUUCGGCAACCUGGAACGUCUCAGGGUCACUGCCCCCUCAGGCACGCACCGCCCACCCUCCCAGCCCGUUUGGCAAUGGAGGGCAGGGAGUACCGACCUGGGGGAGGCCAACCCUGUGGACGACGGAGGCUGGCUCAUUGCUGCAGGCGACGCAUCGGGCGGCGAGUGCACCAUGGACCCCAGGCUGAGACGGGUGGCAUGGGGCUGGGUUGUGAUGCAGCCAGAAAACGUGAACGAGCCGAUGGUGGUGGCAGGAGCGCGUGCCGCUCUGGGUGGCUGGCGGCAGAGCGUCAACCGCGGCGAGCUGACGGCGCUGAAGGAGCUGAUGGUGGCCACCGCCAACUACAAGAGAGUGCAGUACAUUGCGGACUCGUCCUACGUCAUGCGCGGGGUCGAGAAGUUACGCAGAGGGAAGAUGCCCAAGACUCACAUCGACUUAUGGAACGAGCUGAAGGUGGCCAUGGUCGGUAGAGAGCUGUGGAUGAUCAAGGUCGAGAGCCACAUGUCCGCGGUCGAGGCAGUGGCGGCAGGCAUCGACCCGAUCAGCUACCUGGGCAACUCGUUAGCGGACAGCUUCGUGGACGGCAUCAUCGAGCGGGUGCAGGUGGCGCGCGGAGACGCACUCAGGGUCGGCUGGUGUGACGGGGUCGCCUCGCUGAUCAGGAGCAGGGGAUACGCGACGCUGAUGGCGGCGAUCGAAGUGGAGCCGUCGAUGGCGCCAAGCAGACCACAGCGCCACGAGGCGUACCUCAAGAAGCAGAGGAGGAAGGAGCGCCUCACCAACACGCAGCACGUGAUCGAGGAAGUCAACGACGGCAAGCAGUUCCGCUGCACGCGGUGCGGGAGCCUGGUGCCUGUCGUUGGCGCGGACACAGACAAGUGGCUGGAGGGCAAGUGCGUGAAGCUGGUGCGCGAGCAGGCGUCGGAGUUCGGCGCCGUGUCCCUGGGUGUGCAGGUCGGCCACCAGAGGGCGCACCCCUCCCACCAGCUGAACUACAACGAGGAGCUCGGCCUGCACUACUGCCUCAAGUGCGGGUGCAUCGCACGGGAGAACAUGCGUUCACUCGCGAUGGAGUGCGGGGAGCUGAAGCAGAUGGGCAAGCAGAACCUGUCGCAGAUCAAGAAGGGGCUCCAGCCGGGCACGAGCAAGUUCGCGCGGGACUGGAACCGCAAGAAGAAGGAGGCGCUGGGCU